UGUGUGUGUGUGAGUGAGUGUUGGUGCUUAAGUUGCAUUGCAGGGGUGGGACUCCUGCAUUUAGAUCUUCAUCAUACGCAGAGGAAAACCCAGACUCCCAUCUAAACUAAACACGCGCGCGCGUCAGAAGCGAUGCACGUGCAUCUGACGCUGUAAUGCGCGUUAAUUGAUGGAUGCAAGUGUGCGCGAGCAGGAGAGGGAGAAACAGAACUGCUGAAGAAGGUGGCAUUAUGUCUGUGCAGGGCCAGGAUAUUUCUGAAUAUCAUCUGAGCGUGGUGUUGAACCCACCUGGCUGGGAGGUGUGUUUGUUUGUGUUAGGGUUCCUGGUCCUGUUUGCUGUGGUUAUAGUGAAUCUGUGGAAACUAUGUAAAUCUGGCUCCUUCCCGACUCCAUCUCCGUACCCAAACUUCCACUACCGCUACCUUCAGGAGAAAUAUGGCUCCUCCCACACAGAAAUCAAACAAACCACAAGGGUUGCAUCUUCCAACCAGCGGAGGGCUUCCUCUGCGAGCCGAAAGCCGAGCCUCCAGCUGUUGGACACCCCAGAUGGUCUUCGGGAUCUGGGAACGCUGGAGUUGAUGAGCCGAGAGCUGGAUCCGAGCGGAGGCACCCUGAACCGCUCCAUGUCCUCUGAAUCGCUGUGUUCCAUCUCUUCUGUGGCUCAAACCUUCGGGCACGACUUCACGGUGGGACAGCUGGAGGUCACGCUGGAGCUGGACACUCGAGCGUCGCUUCUGCUCGUCUCACUGCACCAGGGUAAAGACCUGCUGGAGAAGGAAGAGGAGAACUUCCUGGGCUGCUACAUCACCGUCACACUGGUCCCUCAGCAGAUCAGCCUGGGGGCCACACAGGUCCAGAGAAAUGCCUUCACCGUGGUGUUUGACGAGCGCUUCUCUAUUCCAUUGGAUUCAGUAAAUCUGGAGGAGAACAGUCUGCGAUUUUCCACCUUCGGUGUGGAUUCAGAUGAACGGAGCAUCAGUGCUGGAGUGGCAGAACUCAAACUGUCGGAUCUGGACCUGGCGUUCCGGCCGUUUAACACCUGGCUCUACCUGCAGGACAUCAACAAGGCUGUGGAUGCUGUCGGCGAGAUCCUGUUGUCUCUGAGUUAUUUGCCGACUGCGGAACGUCUCACCGUGGUCAUUGCCAAAGCCAAGAACCUGGCCUGGACUAACGGAAAGACCACAGCAGAUCCGUUUGUGAAGGUGUACCUGCUCCAGGACGGCAGGAAGAUCAGUAAAAAGAAGACAUCUGUAAAAAGAGAUGAUACUAAUCCAAUCUUCAAUGAGGCUAUGAUCUUCUCAGUGCCAGCCAUCGUCCUGCAGGAUCUCUCUCUGAGAGUGACGGUUGCUGAGAGCACAGAAGACGGCCGUGGUGAAAACGUGGGUCAUGUGAUCAUCGGACCUGAGGCCAGUGGAAUGGGGAUAACUCACUGGAACCAGAUGCUGGCGACUCUGCGGAAACCGGUUUCAAUGUGGCACCCGCUCCGGAGGACCUAAGUCCUUGAGUCCUGACCCCUGACCUCUGACUCCUGUCUGCAUGGUGCCUACUGUCUGACUGUCCUAACAGUAAAGACAUUAAAUAUGAAGAGAAAAGCAUUGUUUCUCAGCUGCCCUGAGGAUGGAUGGAACUGUAAUGAGAGAAAGGCGGCUCAGGAUGUCUCAUCUGUAAGGUCUUUGAAAUCCAGGUUUUCUUAUCCAGGUUAACUUCAUUUCUACAUAUGACAACAGGGUGGCUGGUUGUGUGCUGCAGCACUCGGGUGGAGUAUAACAUGUGACAGAAAUUGUAGCCACAUUCUGUUUUACUAAAAAGGAAAGUAUGAAAAAAAAAAAUUUAUUUUUUGGUCAUAAAUAUUUAUUAUUAUUAUUAUUAUUAUUGGAAGUUUUAAUAAUCAUAUUUUUUCUUAUUUUUUCUCUGCUUAAAUAUUUAAAUAAGAAAUAUAAGGCAUAACAACAACCUUGGGACUUUCUGUCCUUUUUCUCAGGCAAGUGCAAGGACACUUAUUAGCCUAAUAGUGGCGCCUUUGAGCCACAUCACAUGUUUGUUUUUUAUUUAGUUGUCCAGGUUAUUUGAAGAAAUUUGUGUAAAUUUAAUCAAAGUACCACAUUUAUUUAUUUAUUUAUUUUGGCUAAUGCAUUUUACCACUAGGGGGCGUGCAAGUACUUUAUAAAAUCAGUGAUGGGGAAGUUGCUAAAAACAUUACCUCUUUUGUUUUGUAUAGCAAUGUGAUUGCUAGUUACUCUGAACAGUAAUAACAUCUCGCAUUAAUUAAUUCAAUCAUCCAUUUUUAAAAUCCAAACUUUAACAGAUACAUUUCAUGUGGCCAAUUUCUCAAGUUUAGAUUGCAGUUCUGCACGUUAUUUAUUUAGCCAGGCCAUAAAUUUGAAUUACUUUGGAUUUAUAACAUGCAUAUGUACAAUGUAUUUCUCAUUUUACAAGAGAACCACUCUUUUCUGCCAUUUUCACACUUGGUUAGCAUGUCAAAAUGAAAGAAAGAGGUUUUUGAUCAAUAGUAUAUUUGUUGCUGGAUCUUAAAUAUAGUUGUUAAAUUAGCCUUAGUACAUUAAAAUCAUAUAUGUAUCAUAAAAGUAACUUUAAAACAGUAACUGUUACUGGAUUUCUGAAAAAUGAAGCGUAAUCCCUUACUUUAUUUAAUCACAGGAAGAUGGACUUUGUAGUUUUGUACUUUGUUAUGCAUUAUCCCAACAUUGCAUAGAAUACAUGCAUUCAUAUCAAACUGGAAUAUGUAUAAAUUAAUAUAUAUUUCCUUUCACAGUUUUCUUCGGCACGAAAGAAAAUCUAAAAAUGUUUCAACUGCCGCAAUAAUUAAAUAUUUUAAUGACAGAAUGGAAAAACUAAAUACCAAAAUAUAUGAAUCACAUCCUAAACACCUCAAAUGUUUUGUAGAAUGAAUAUCAGAUUUGAGCUUUUUGCAGUCAGUUGAUUUGAUGAAGUGCUGCAAACGCCGUGAUUCGUUUUUACUACUAACAAUAUUUUAAGCUUGUCACCAUUAAACGUCAUUCUGUGCCAAAUUCACCCUAAUAGAAGCAAUAUUCCCAUUUGCAGUGUACAUCUAAUGUUGGUGAACUUUAAAAGAUUUAAAGAAUGAUAAAACAUAACUUUACAAUGCAUGCACAUGUAAUGUAGGACAUAUUGCAAUCAAAUAAAUUGUUUAAAUAAAAAUGCUUUAUGUGGUUUCAUA